AUGUGGACCAGCACAGAUCAACAUUUUUCAAAUGAAGAUUGUGAAGCAUGCCCUGAGGAAGAGCAGCCAGAAGUGGUUGGCCAAGUAGAAAACCCCAAAGAAGUGCCAGUUCGAGAUGAAGAUUGUGAAGUAUGCCCUGUGGAAGAUGGCCAAGUAGAAAACCCCAAAGAAGUGCCAGUUCAAGAUGAAGAUUGUGAAGUAUGCCCUGUGGAAGGUGGCCAAGUAGAAAACCCCGAAGAAGUGCCAGUCCGAAAUGAAGAUUGUGAAGCAUGCCCUGAGGAAGAGCAGCCAGAAGUGGUUGGCCAAGUAGAAAACCCCAAAGAAGUGCCAGACAAUGGAAGCAUGGUUGAAAGCAGCCUGACGGAAACCCACCGGCACCAUCGUAUGGAGAAAGAUAUGGAAGAGGAGGUCGACCAUUCCUCUGAUGAAGAUUAUGCCCCUGGUGAUGAUGAACAAGUUUCGGACUCGGACGAUAGUGUUGCCAUUGGAAACAUGGACAAGAACUUGUUUACGGACUUAAAAAGCCUCCGAAAAAAGUCCAAGACAUUGGGUGAAGAGUCAGUCAGUAGCCAUCAUAAUGCUGGUGAGUCAAACUCUGCAUCAUUUAUUAUAAGCGUGGCCAUCUGA